AUGUUGAAGAGAACCACGACGACGCCUCUGGGCACCAUAGCGUACGUUUUACAAGAAAGGAUUUUACUGGUGCGGGUUGAGAACGGCUGGCAAAAUAUUGAGAUGGGAUCCCUAUUUUCAGCCCGAAGUUCAUCGUACAGCCACACUGAAUAUCCGAUAGAAACUUAUCGAACGAGCAGACGAAUAACCAACGAUAAAGCAUCUUACAUGCGACUGAUAGCUCUAAACGAGCCUUACCCAGGAAACAUGCUGACGUCAGCAAAUCGGACCGGAAGGAACGCAGUUAACCAGGAAUGCUUUAAGCAAGCCAAGAAGAGGUUUCAAGGUGCUAACAACUUUGUCGCGUUCCUCACUAAUAAAUUGGAAGAUCUCCGAUCUCUGGUAAAGACGGAGGCGGAUAGACAAGUGCCAAUAGUCAAUUUACGUGGAGAAGUACUCUUCGACUCCUGGCUGGACCUCUUCAAUGGUUCCGGAGCGCCGGUGGCUAUGAAGAAAAUCUACAGUUUCAACGGGCAAAGAGUCAGCAUUAAUAAGAAUUGGCCGGACAAAGCUAUAUGGCAUGGGAGUGACUCUUUCGGCAUCCGGGUUCCGCGAGCUUUCUGCGAAGAGUGGCAAAAUAAUAGACCUCUCGACUUCGGGAUGGCGUCUCCUCUCGAAGGAAAUAAACUUUUAGAACAGAGAAUGUAUCCGUGUGAUAGCAGACUUAUUGUUUUGUGUGUUGAAGCAUCAUCGAGAAUAGAAAGGCUAAGAAGAAGCCCAUCAAGAAGACGGCUUCGGCACUUGAGAAGAGAUGAUUACCUGCUUUAG